AUGUUUACUGAUUAUUAACGAUCAUUUGAAUGUACCUUGUGUACUUUAAAUUACGAUGUGACAUAACUUUCUAUAAAAUAGUAGGGAUUAUUGCGUUAUAAACUUGUAUUGUUUACAUUGAGUAGUAGCGGUGUGAAUUUAACAAAUCGCAUAACAACCGGCGGCAUCGCGCAGCUUCGACCUGAAAGUUAGGGACAAAAUUCAAUAACGAAUUGGCCAUUUUAUUGAUGGCUGGGGGGGAGGCUGGGUGGAGACAGACGGUCGGUUGCAGCAGUUAAGAAUGGGGGUGCACCGACGGCACCAUUAGUUUCCCGGCACACUGGGGCGUGGGCGUCGGGGGCGUGGCACGGGGCGUGGGCGUCCCCGUGCCGCCCCCCGGCGACCUCCUCGCCACUAUAUCCAUGUUCGAACAGCAGAUCAAGGCUGAGCCCAUGAGUUUGUUCCCCAGCUUCUACACAUCCCACGCCCACGUCCACUCCGGCCCGCCCACGAUCGUCCGCUCCGACUCGCACGCCAUCAUCAACAUGAACCAGCACCACCCCGAAGACUCCAAGGACAGCCUCAUAGUACAACAGCAAGUACAACAUCAGCAGGAUCUGAUGGACCAACAACACCAGCAAGAUUUACAGCAGGAUGAUGUGGUUAGUGAGCUAAGCUUUAAAGGAAUGGAUGAUGAAGGCGUCGAAAUGGACAUGGAUGGUCGCCAAUGCUCACAGGGCUUGGGCGUCGAUAUGGGUUCAGUUCAAACAAAAAUGGAAGUGUCAAAUGGAGGCCAAACAACACCACGAUCAAAACCACAAGCCUGUAAGGUUUGCGGGAAGGUACUCUCGUCCGCUUCAUCUUAUUACGUUCAUAUGAAGCUUCAUUCCGGAAACAAGCCUUUUCAGUGCACGGUUUGCGACGCAGCUUUCUGCCGCAAACCGUACUUGGAAGUCCACAUGCGUACACACACCGGCGAGAGGCCCUUCCAGUGCGAUCUGUGCCUCAAACGCUUCACCCAGAAGUCCAGCCUCAACACGCACAAGCGCGUCCACACCGAUGAGCACAUGCGCGCCUUGAUGGUGAAGGAGCGGCCCUACAAGUGUGAGCUCUGUGGCGUCAGGUUCACGCAGAGCUCCAGCCUCAACCGCCACAAGAAAAUACACACGGAGGAACACAGACGCGCGCUGCUGGCCAAGGAACGGCCCUACCAAUGUGGCGUCUGCUAUCUCAGAUUCACGCAGAAAUCGAGUUUGGGCCGGCACGGAAAAAUUCAUACCGAGGAGCACAGACGAGCCCUGUUAGAGAAAGUGCGGCCGUACCAGUGCCACAUCUGUUUUAUGCGCUUCACUCAGAAGUCCAGCCUGGGCCGACAUGGGAAAAUACAUACCGAGGAGCACAUACAAUCGCUGAUCAACAAGGUGCGCCCGUAUCAAUGCGACAUUUGCGACAAGAGGUUCACGCAGAAGUCGAGCCUGGGCACUCAUAAGCGUAUACACACUGGGGAGCGGCCGUUCCAGUGCACCGUCUGCCUCAAGUCCUUCACGCAGAAGUGCGCGCUCAAUUUGCACGAAAAAAUACAUACGGGCGAGCGGCCCUAUCAGUGCGACGCCUGUCUCAAGCGCUUCACGCAGAAGUCCAGCCUCAAUAUACAUAAGAGGACGCACACAGUCCAGGGCAGACCGUUCCAGUGCCUGUCGUGCCCCGCCGCCUUCACGUGCAAGCAGUACCUGGAGAUUCACACGCGCACGCACACCGGCGAGCGGCCCUAUCAGUGCGACAUCUGCCUCAAGCGCUUCACGCAGAAGUCCAGCCUCAACAUCCACAAGCGGACCCACUCAGUGCAGGGACGGCCUUUCCAGUGCCUACAAUGCCCGGCCGCCUUCACUUGCAAGCAGUACCUGGAGAUCCAUAAUCGCACGCACACAGGCGAAAGACCUUAUCAGUGCGAUGUUUGCCUCAAGAGAUUCGCGCAAAAGUCCACACUCAAUAUACAUAAACGAACGCACACAGUGCAAGGUCGGCCGUAUCAGUGCAUGGAGUGUCCAGCCGCGUUCACUUGCAAGCCGUACUUGGAGAUACACAUGCGGACUCACACUGGCGAGAGGCCGUUUGAGUGCGAUGUCUGUUACAAGCGCUUCACGCAGAAAUCGACGCUCAACAUUCACAAGCGAAUUCACACUGGGGAACGGCCUUAUGCCUGUGACAUUUGUCAAAAACGAUUCGCCGUCAAGAGCUACGUAACAGCACACAGAUGGUCGCACGUGGCCGACAAGCCGCUGAACUGCGACCGCUGCUCGAUGACGUUCACGUCCAAGUCGCAGUUCGCGCUGCACAUCCGCACGCACUCGGCCGGCUCCUGCUACGAGUGCAGCGUCUGCGGCCGCACCUUCGUCCGCGACAGCUAUUUAAUACGACAUCACAAUCGCGUGCACCGUGACAACCACAGCAACGUGUCGGCCAACAGCAUCGGAACCAUAAACAACGUCGCGACCAACACCAACAACGCGAACAACAGCAAUUUUGUUGAUUCGCCCGGCGUGUGUGACUUAAGCUUUGUUCCUAUGGUGAAUCGUUAUAUGACAUCGCAAGGAACGCAGGUUUCUAUGCAAGAUACGAGCAAGAUGUCUGCUAUGUCGCCACAGUCAAUCGCGUCGAUAUCUUCGCCGCCUCCGCCGCACACCCCCACUCCGCAGCCCCAGAUGUCGGGUCAGAUGCACCUGGCAGACUGAUCGCCACAAUAGCUCUCAGUUGACUUGUAAGCGGCCCGAGUGCAAUAAAGUUGUGUGGCAGCCAUCAACAAGAGCAGCUAUUUACAGAAUAAGAAUAAAAUAUAAAAGUCAUCAAUAUCGAGGAGGGCGGUUGUUUCCGUCUGGAUUGUGGGCAUGGACCAGGCACGGAUCGUUUGUUUGCUAGGAGUUUGUUUAGCUACUGUUGAGUUCGUCGGGCGUGACGCGCCACUGCAGCCGCCGGGGACAUCACAACAGGACGAGAGUAGCGAGUAGUCAGUAGCGGUACCGCCUAUGAUAUGCAUUGUGAUUAUAUCCACAACUGUGAUUUAUCUAUACCAUCACAUUAUUAUAUUAAGCUUCGUGGUGGCAUUCAUAAAUCGUUACUUAAAAAAAGUCUCAUCAUAUAGAUUGUAGGCCUAAAUUUUUGAUCUCAUAUUCUAAUUUGCUUAGUGGUAACUUUUGGAUCGUGAAUGGUAAAUCUCCAACUGUGAAAUUCUAAAUUUUGACGUUCGCCGUUCGCUUGUCGUAUACAUAAAAUCUUCUUAAGGCGUAGUGAAUUGUAACAAUAUCUUAUUGCGAUGCUUUAACUUAAAUAGAAUGUGUCGGUGUAUAAUGAAUAAUGAAGUCGGAUAAUUUUAUAGAGCUGUUACCGAUGAGACGUAUUUUGAUCACUGAAAAGAUUAAAUUACUAGAUGAUACUUCCCGUAGUACUCCCAUAAAACGGUUCCAGUUCAUAUAAACUAAUAAUAAUGAAGAAGUACAAAUGAUUCCACAAAGUGCAGAUUCCUCAGAGGCAAUAUUGAAAGCUUCACAAAAUGAAUAACUUUAAUAUGAUGUUUAUUGGAGAAAUCCAGAGAAGUGCCUGUUGCAACAUAAAAUUGGCAAUAUUUUUGAAUCGUAUUGCGUUGGUUGGUAAAGUUAUGUUCAGUGUUCAAUGCGUGUGACGCCGCCCACCGCGGCCGGUGGCGGCCGGGACUCGUAGGCAAUAAGUGCGCCCGCGCCGGCGGGCUUGCACGGACAGAGCGAAUAAUUUGUGAAGCUUCUUACUAAACUUUGUGUGCCUUCUAGCGGAUAGCGACAUUAGGCAAUAUCAUCGUAACACCAUUGAUUAAACUUCAUAUACAUUAACUAAUUUUCAAUGUGAAUUUUCAUUUAGAGUAUUUUCUUGAAAAUGUCGUACAAGAGUGUUAUCGUUUACCAAUUAGGAUAUAAUAUAGUAUAUAUGCCCUUAUCCGAAUCACAAAGGAAAAUCGAUAAAAGCCCAUACUAUUUAUUUCCCUUAGUCGUUUGUCGAAUAAUAGUAAUAACGAAUAGUAUAUAGCGCAGUAGUCUUCCAAAAUCUCGAGACGUUCGUGCACUCGGGACGGGUCAGUGCCGUGUCCGCUGCGGGGGUUCCUUAUGGUUUGCCAUUUUGAUAUCAAAGAUAGAUUGGUGCCAUUCUUGUAAAUGAUGUGGUAGAGUAAGUUUAGUUAAGUCUGCAGGUCAGGGUAGAAUUGGAAAUAGAAUAUUGUAAGAGUACUCGCCUUCUCUUAGUGUGUUACGUACCGACAUCAUACUUUUUAUUUGUUUUAUUUGGAUUUAUUUUUCUCCUUGUUAUUGUUUACCUUGUUGCAUAGAUGCAUUAUUUUAUUUCCAUCUUGUUGCGUGUGUCCAUGUGCUGGGUUAGAAAUUGUAAAUAUUGGUAGGGUUUAUUUAUUGAUUGAUAUGGAAAGAAAACAAUCCACGAUAGAAUUAAUAGAGACUAACGACGAGUCAUCUACCAAAAAUACGAGUCGACAUUGAGGAAAACAUCGUUCGACUAAAAUUAGAAUACUUAGUGCGGGACUACUUUUGGGUAUAAAAACAAAAUUUCCUUGUAGAUGUAUGUACAUAUAAUAAUAUACAUAUGGAUGUUGUUUGAUAGUCCUCGAUAUUUUUUUAUAUUUUGAUAGUUCUGUAUUUAAAAGAAAACACGAGAAAAUAGGCCAAUAUCUCAUUUAUCAUUUUAAAUAAAAAAAUAUGUACACAAUAUUUUAAGAUAAAAUACGGUAAUAUGAAUACGAAGGAUGCAUUUAGUUGCCCAGAAAUAAAAAUAUAAGUUUAAAUUACGACUAUCAGAUCUUCAAGUUCUUGUACACUUUUAGUAAGUUUCUUACCAAGCCAUUGAGAACAGUAUUAUUUAGACAAACUAACUUGAGUUUUACGAGUAGUAUAUAUCUUUCAGCUACCAUUAUAACUCACCAUUGAAAAUUAUAAAACAUAGUUUGUAACGGCAUUGUGUGGCACUACCUUUUAGGUGCUCCACAGUGUUGACACCAUGUAUUAUCCAUAGAUAUAUGAAUGGAAAUAGAAACACCAACAUAGCGAUUUAGGUACAUAUAAAAUAUAUAAAUGUAUAUUGCGUUUCAACUUCAAUGUGGCGCGGCGAGGGUGAUCACGUUUUAUUUUCUAGAAUUAAUAAUAUAUUUUCGUUAUAAUUUGUUCACUUUCUUUAUCAUUGUUUUCUCUUGAAAUUAUACAUAUAUGAGCUAUGGUACUUCACCCUAGCCGAGCCAUUCCCGACGUUGGCGUAAGGUCCUGUUUGUUACGAAAUAUAUUUCUGACUUUUUCGAUUAAUGCAGGUACAUUCAUGUACAUAAUCUGGUGAAUUUGUUCACUGGGAAUAUAUUUCGUAAGACACGAGGACCCAUAUAUAAUAUAACAGCAGUGAAGGACCAUAAACCUGGCAAUAAGGUAGAGGAUCUAUUAUUUUGCGCCUUCACUGCUAAACUAUUUUACAUACCGAUGUUAGUUACUAUAAUAUAUAGAGAAGUAAUGAGCCAUUUCAAUUUACGUAACCGUAAAAAUAGUUUUUAUCGUCUCCUCUACUUAUUUUCAAACGUAGAAAAGACUGAAUUACUUUAAAAAAGAAAGAAAUCCACAUUGAAACGUAAGAAUACUCACUUGAAUUCAUAUUGGCAGCGUUAUAUUUUUUGUUAUUUUUUUACCAUCAGCGGUUGUUGCGAUGGACCAACCCGUUGUUUUGUAAGCCCCUUUUACAUUGGGUUAUUGAAAUCGUACAUAUCCUAUCCCGUGAGUGUAAUGUAUACUUCCUUGAGGCCGAGUCCUAGUCUAGAGGCGGCCCCGCCGUCGACCAGUUACAUUGGAUCGUGUAGGUUAACAAGCAGAUAACAGUGAGCCUUGUGUAAUCAUAAUGUCUAAGGUACAUAUAUUUAGUUCUAUUGUAUCAUUAGAUUUAUGCGAACUUCCGCUUUGCCAAUUAUUGCGUUGCUUACAUUGUAAUCAUUAUGAGAGUACAGCCUAAGGAUUUUAACUUUUUUUUAUAUACUGAGAGCUAUUUCUAAGUCACUAUUAUUUUUACAAUUAUCAUCUAUAUUAUAAUAAAAUUAUACGUGGCUGUAAGCCAUACUUAACCAAAUUUUGGAGUACUUUACAUAAUUUAAUUCCAAAUUUUUAUUAAAAAUGUCUCUAAGCAAACAUCAUGGCAUGAUGGUUUUGGUACGUUUGUCAUUUAGUUAUAGCUCUUCAGAGUUUUAAUGACCAAUACUUUUAACUACUAAACUGUUUUCUUAUUGUUAAAAUUUUUAGGCUAGUUUAAGUUAGGUUUGUUAACUGUGGUGUAUUAAACUGCACGCGAAUAUCGCUCUUACAGCCUCCUUUACGAGAAUCAUUUAUUUACUUGUUUAUAGUCUGACUACUUGUGAUAUUUUGUCAAAUAUUUUUGAUUUUUUCUUAUAAAUCUUCAUAUUAUGUGAAUUAUGAAAUUUAUGAAUAUCCUUAUUGUUUAUUGUUAUACUUUGAGUAUGCAACCUGAACAGUAGGCGGGGCUGUAAGAGUGUCUAUGUAGUCAGCAUUAUGUAUAUGCUUUAAUGUGAUUUUUUAAAUGUACUCUUUAUUAUAGUCUCAUCAAUCAAUAUAAUUAGCGAACUAACAAAGUGUUUUAAAUUUUUUUCAGUUCAUAGUGAUUUAUAUCGAGAUCAAAAUAAAUACAGAGUUUAUUUAAUUUUAUGGAAAAAUAUACAUUGUAAAAUUAUUCUUUAGUGCUCAUUUGCAGAGCUCUAAUAAAAAAAGAAACUAUGUGAAAUGCAAAAUAACAAGUCACGAUUCUUUUAGAAGUCGCCAUGUAGUGGAGAAAAAUAAACGUGCCAUGAUAUUUGUGGCUAA